AGAGGCCGAGUUCAAUACAAACUUUCAUCUGGACCAUGGACCGGGAGGAGCUACUGAAGAGGCGUGAGAAGACACAAUGGUUUUAUGAGCGAAGAUCUCCAAACAAGUUCUUUCUCCGAGGGGCCUGCACUUCAAACAUGGCAACGCCGCCGAUGAAAGAAUCCUCGAUGACUGAGCUACAAGAACUUCGAGCUGGGCCAAUAGAAACCCAGAUUAAAAACUCUCCUCCGGCUGGACCCAGUCAGCCCCAGUACAGUAGUUCGGUGCCAAGUCUGUCUGAGCAUGCUCCUAUUUGCAUUCCUUCACCAAAUGAAUACCCCUCACUGGCCUUCUAUCGUCCCUCCAUACUGGGAUACAGCAUGCCCAACGACACUGGUGGACCGGAUGGCACGGUUGUGAGGCAGAGUUUGAGUCCUUCGAUGUACUGGUCCUCUCCUGGCCAUGUUUCUCCCAUAACACUACACUGUCAACAGCCUAUCAUGUAUGCUGAACCAGCCAAGAGUCCUUGGGAUGACCUGAGAUCAGGAGAGCAACAUCAGCUGAACAGGGAGAACUUGAGGAAAAAACCUGGUUCCUUUGUCAACACUGCCUGCCCCAGGCGGGACACACACUUCUGUGCUGUCUGCAAUGAUUUUGCCUCAGGAUAUCACUAUGGGGUCUGGUCCUGUGAGGGAUGCAAAGCCUUCUUCAAAAGAAGCAUUCAAGGACACAACGCCUACAUUUGCCCAGCAACCAACCAAUGCACAAUAGACAAGAACAGACGCAAAAGCUGUCAAGCUUGCCGACUCCGUAAGUGCUAUGAAGUUGGGAUGAUGAAAGCUGACACAAGGAGGGAUCGCUGUAGUUACCGUUUGACUCGGCAGAACCGUCUCUCCAGUCAACUGGCCCAGCACGGUCACCGAGGGAAGAGGACCAUCGAGAGAGAGCUGAGCAACAUCAGCGAUACCUGCCUGAGCCAGCUGGCUCCGGAGAAGCUGCUCAGCUCCCUGUUAGAGGCUGAACCUCCCAACGUCUACUCCUUAAAACACCCAAACAAACCUUACACCGAGGCCUCCAUGAUGAUGUCACUGACCAACCUGGCAGACAGGGAGCUUGUUCAUAUGAUCGCCUGGGCCAAGAAAGUUCCAGGAUUUCUGGAAUUGGAUCUGCAUGAUCAGGUGCAGCUGCUGGAAUGUUGUUGGUUGGAGGUUUUAAUGGUGGGAUUGAUGUGGAGGUCGAUCGCACAUCCUGGGAAGCUCCUCUUCGCCCCGGAUCUCAUUCUGGACAGGGAUGAGGGACAGUGUGUCGAGGGCAUUCUGGAGAUCUUUGACAUGCUAUUGGCAGCAACCUCAAGGUUCCGAGAGUUAAAGUUGCAGCAUGAGGAGUACCUCUGUCUCAAAGCUAUGGUUCUGCUCAACUCCAGUAUGUUUCCACGUUCUGGAAUCACAGAAGAACAUGAGAACAGGGAGAAGCUGCACAAGAUUCUGGACACAAUAACAGACACCUUGAUAUGGUGCAUGUCCAAGAGUGGAAUCCCACCUCAGCAGCAAGCCACUCGCCUGGCACAUCUCCUGAUGCUGCUGUCCCACAUCAGACAUGCGAGUAAUAAAGGAAUGGAACACCUCUACAGCAUGAAGUGCAAGAACGUUGUGCCCUUCUAUGACCUUCUGCUCGAGAUGCUCGAUGCUCAUGUUAUCUACAGCCGCAGGAAGCCAACAGAUGAUCACGUCAGCAGCCAGUCAAAGGCUAACAACCUCUGAUCUCUGCCCCAACCGGAAAACAUUCGUUCUUCUCUCCUCCCUCCUCCCAACUUGCUCAGCCACAAGGAAUAAACACAAUGGACGACCAGCUGUCAUCAAGGAGACAGGACAAUGGAAGAGUAAAAGCCACUUACAAAACACCAAACAAACUUGUUUCUAUUGAUUCUACUGCAUUCUCCUCUGGCCCCCAGUUUGCUCCUUCUUCUCCUGAAGGUGCUGCC